GCCGCCCGCGGAACCGGCGGGACCCGGGAGACCGCGGGAAACAUCCCGGGGAACAGCCCAGAGAACACCCAGGAGCACCGGGACAUCCCGGGGAACAUCCCGGGAAACAGCCCGGGGAACAGCCUGGGAAACAGCCCAGAGAACACAGGAGCACCGGGACAUCCCGGGGAACAUUCCGGGAAACAGCCCGGAGAACAGCCCGGGGAACACGGGAGCACCGGGACAUCCCAGGGAACAUUCAGGAGCAGCGGGACAUCCCUGAGGGCAUCCCGGACACUUGGUGUCAUCGGGACAUCCCUAAGGACAUUCCGGACACUGGGGCACACCGUAGAGCAGCACCGGGAGCCUCUGGAGGAGCAUCCCGGGACACCCCGACAACCAUCCCGUAGCUUAAAUUUUUCCUCGUUUUGUUGUAAAAUCUUCCUGCUCGGGCGGGAAUCUUCAAAAUCUUCCUUCCCCCGCCUUGGCCGGGUGGAGCCUGGGGUACUGGGGGGAAGCUGGAGGAAAUGGCUCACCCUGGAAGGCUCUGCGGACUCGGGCCCUAUGUAGCAGGAGAAAUUGCAAAUCUACAAAGAGUCGCUCACUAAAUUAUUGUUGGGAUAGGAUCCACCAUGCCCCUGUCCCAUCAGGGACUCCUGCUUGAUUUGUGGCCCAGUGUUGCUUUUUUGACAUGGGCUUCUGGAGGUUUUCCUCAGAUAGUGAGGAUUGGAGGGAAGAGAAAAUAUAUUAGUGGGAGGAAAGACGGGUUUGUGAACUGUUGCUUAAAAGAAAGGGGAAUAUUUCAUGUGUUGCCAUAUGAAGAUGGCAUCUGAAGAUGCUUUAUUGGAAGAGGACAUUUGGGAGUACAAAUCCAUUAGGAAGCGAAAGCGUCAGAGUAGUUCACAGAGCAUCUCUGCUCCUGGGCAGGAAGUAAGUGAUGGCAAGGGCAGGCCAAAAAAGAAGAGAAAUAGGAAAAAGAAAUCCACAGAAAAAACUGAUACACCUCAGAAAACCAAACAGAGCUCAAGGCCCGGUCAGGAUGUGGAUUCGUGCACAGAAGACAGUCGUGUGCAGUCCCAGGAAAGUGUGAGUAGCCUGGCAGAACAGAGCUCACAAAAUGCAAAGCCUGUUCACGAUGGAUUCUGUCCCAGCUGCCAGAUGCCUUUCUCUUUGCUAUUGGUCCAGACACCUCAGUGGCACGUCUAUGAAUGUUUGGAAACUCCAGGAGCCAUUGAAAAAGAGUGUCCUGAUGGUUUACUCUGCACCUCCACCAUUCCAUCUCACUACAAGCGUUACAGCCAUUUUCUCCUUGCAGCAAACAGGGCAGGGGAGUAUCUUGUAAACCCCUUGGGAACCACUGAGGAGAUGAAGAUGACAUGUUCUGCUGCUGCAAAGCCCAGCUGUUCCCCAAGCUAUGCAGAAGAAACCUCACAGAGUGAGAAACCCUCUACUGAAAUAAAGCACAUCGCAAAUGAUGACUGUGCAGCAAUGGUACGGAAUUCACCGCAAAUGAAGUCUCUAAAUAUAAUUAGUGGAAGUACUUCAUUUUUUGCAGGUGUUGAAAAACCUCAACAGGCACUUCAGCUCCCACAGGUGACAGAUAAUCAUUGUAAAUUUGAAUUUUUUGAUUUUGCAUCCUCUCAAGAAAGUAAAACAGGAAAAGAUCUGUGUAUUGAGAAAGGUGCAAGUCAGCCAAGUCUGCUACAGUCAGGAGUGGAUUUCAAUGACUGUGAAAUUUCUUACUCUCCUCUAAGUACAUUUGAGGAAAGUGAAGAUGAAGAGGAGGAAAAAGUAAAAGUAACACAGGAUAAAUCAUUUGAAGUGCAGAACUCAGAAGAAGACUCUAAUUCUGUGGCGUUUAAAACAUUUGAUAGACCUCUCUUAUGGGGGAAGCCUCAGUAUGAGCAUAAAAAAAUGGAAAAUUUCUUAACUAAAAAAACCCUCUGUGAGGAAGAAAAUGCACUGAACCAUCUAGAUCCUCAGCGAGGGGUGGUAGCCAGUGGAUCCUCUUUUUCUUCUAGUUACAGGGGGGCUGUACACCCAGAACUGAUUUCCUCUGCUGCCAGAGCAGGAACCUCAGAGUCAGAAGAUGCUGGUGCUUGUGCUCUGGAUUCUGCACAUGUGAGUUUUACUGAGCCAUCAUCACUGCUAGACAGAGAAGAUGCUGCCUCUCUUCUGACACAGAAGAGUAAUGUUUUGAGGGAGCCAAGUAACAUUUUAACUUGUACAGAUAAAAUGACUUCUAAAUCAGUGCCAUCUCUUUCAUCAGCAACUGUGAACACUAAAUCCAGUCCUCCCAAAGAGCUUAAGCAAAUGGACAUCGGUGUUUUCUUUGGGUUAAAACCCAAAGCAAAGGAGGAGCGCAAAGGAGCGGCGUGUUUGAAUGAGAAAAAGCACAUUCCAGCUUCAGAAUCUCCCAAUGGGAAGAGGCCCAGACAGCAAAAAAGGAAGGCUGAGGGGUCUGUGGGAGAUGUGGAAGCAGUUACAGAAACUUCAAGUAAAAAUGAAGCCAUUGCAGAUGUACCUUCUGGUGGCCAACGAAGGUGGAGAAAAAAAUUUAAAGAAUUGCCUACUACAGGUGAAGAGCCAAGGAAAAAGCAUUGCCCCUUCUACAAGAAAAUACCAGGAACUGGUUUUACAGUUGAUGCCUUCCAGUAUGGAGAAAUUGAAGGCUGCACAGCUUAUUUCCUUACUCAUUUUCACUCUGACCAUUACUGUGGACUAACAAAAAACUUCAGGUUUCCAAUCUACUGUAAUAAGGUAACUGGCAAUCUGGUGAAGAGCAAGCUCAGAGUCCAGGAGCAGUUUGUCCACGUGCUGCCAAUGGACACGCAGUGUGUGGUCAAUGGGAUCAAAGUGAUGCUGCUUGAUGCUAAUCAUUGUCCAGGUGCAACAAUGAUCCUUUUCUACCUGCCAAGUGGGGCUGUUAUUCUGCACACAGGGGACUUCAGAGCAGACCCUUCCAUGGAGCGCUACCCUGCUCUGAUGGGCCAGCAAGUCCACACCCUUUACCUUGAUACCACAUACUGUAGCCCUGAGUACACUUUUCCUGCACAGCAAGAGGUUAUCCAGUUUGCUGUCAACAUUGCCUUUGAGACAGUGACUUUAAACCCACGAACUCUAGUUGUCUGUGGCACUUACUCCAUUGGAAAAGAAAAAGUUUUCUUAGCAAUUGCUGAAGUUCUGGGCUCAAAAGCAAGUGUGUCCCGUGAGAAGUACAAAACCCUGCAGUGCUUGGAGUCAGCAGCUGUUAAUUCCCUCAUCAGUGUGGACUGGAAGGGUACUUUGCUUCAUGUUCUUCCCAUGAUGCAAAUAAAUUUCAAGCGUUUGCAAGAUCACUUGAAUAAGUUUUCUGAGAAUUUUGAUCAAAUUCUGGCUUUCAAACCUACGGGUUGGACCUACUCUGAUUCAUGCCUUUCUCUGGAGGAUAUCAAGCCUCAGACAAGAGGAAAAAUCACUAUAUAUGGAAUUCCUUACAGUGAACACAGCAGUUACCUGGAAAUGAAGCGUUUUGUUCAGUGGUUGAAGCCACAGAAAAUCAUCCCCACUGUAAAUGUUGGUGACUGGAGAGAUAGGAGCUUGAUGGAAAUGCAUUUUAGAGACUGGAUGACUGAGAGCAGUAGGCAUAAAUAAAUACAAGGAAGAAUGUAUAUUUCAAAGGAAGUAGGCUGGGUUGGGAAUUGAGUUCCUGUGAGUUUUAUUUAUCUCCUUUUUCCACCAAACUUUCUUUAGGGAGGACUAAACUGCCAUUCUUUGAAGAAAGAUAAAUUUAGGGAAAGAAAAAUAAGGCACCUUGCUUUCUUGUAUAUCUACUACGGUUUUUUUCCCCCUAUAACUUAUCAUUUUUGCAAGUUCAUAUUUUAAGAUUUUUUUUGUCUUGCUCCUUUUCCCCUGUUCUUAAUUUUCCUCAGGUUGUGGAGAUGCUCAGAUGUGCAAUGCUGGGGAUUAAGCAGUCUCCAGGGUAAUUUCUGAAAACAAGUUAUUGCAAUAAAUGAGACAAUACUAAGCUUAUGUCACAUGCUGUCAAUUCAGGCUUCAGAGAAGCUCAUUUCAUGAGGCAGAACUGACUAUUGUGAUUUAAAUCUUGCUAAAAAAAAAACUUAUGUUGCGAGAGAGUAUUGACUUGGGCUCCUGCAGCAUAUGUACUUUAGACAAUUGUUUACAAAAGACAUUUCUACAUUCUGCUCCAGAUUUUCUGCUUUGUUUUUUAGUGAUCUUUUUUAAAAUAAAGAAUGU